CUGUUCUGGCAGACCGAGUGUGUGUGUGAUGGAGUGAGCAUGGCUUUAACACUAGCAGCAGUGUGUGAGGUUUGAGCAGGCCGGUCACAUGUUUAACGGGUCAGUGAUGAACACACAGCGGUAUGAUGACCUCCGCUGGACCCACGGCAGGUCGGUGUAGGAAACCAGGUUCGGUUGUGGGUCUCUGUAACUCUCUCUCUCUCUCUCUCUCUCUCUCUCUCAUAGAUGGUUCGGGCACAGAUGAAUCUCUGCUGGUUAGCAGCAUGCUGUUCUCUCCAGAGCAGCAGGAUCCUCUGGCUGCCGUGCCCAGUGGUGAUGAGCUCAACCUGGACCUGCUGUCUCUGAGCUUCCCGUGCUGGAAGCCCUGGAGCCGCCCCGAGUACCAGCAGCCGCCCCGGCCCUCCUCCCAAACGCCCGCGCUGGAUCUCUUGGGUUCUUCAGAAGACGGUGAUUCGGGUCAGCAGCGCUCUUUCCAGGCCCUUGAGUCUGCGUCUGGAGACGCUCUGGACCGCUACUGCAGCAUGGUAGCAGCGAUCGAACCUCCAUCUAUCAGCCCUGCCAACUGCAAAAACAGUGCCAUCUUGUCAGGAUCUGACCACCUGGUCUCUCACAGAGUUUCUCCUCUGUUGCUGCCUGGACUGCAAACGAAGGGUGUGAAACUAGACACUGAGGCCCGUUUAGAGAAGAAUCCCCUCAACGCCUUGAAGAACGCUCCCAGCGUUCAGGCCGAGGAGUCAGUGGUCGGGUGCUUGUUCACAGAUCCCAUCUGGCAGGGCUGGGACACUUCAGCCUUGAGCAAACCCAAGUUCUCCAUCGAGAGAGAGGCCGAACUGCAUAAACAAGCUGCAGCGCUGGAUCUCUUGGGUUCCUCAGAAGACGGUGAUUCGGGUCAGCAGCACUCUUUCCAGGCCCUUGAGUCUGCGUCUGAAGACGCUCUGGACCGCUACUGCAGCAUGGUAGCAGAUCCCAUCUGGCAGGGCUGGGACACUUCAGCCUUGAGCAAACCCAAGUUCUCCAUCGAGAGAGAGGCCGAACUGCAUAAACAAGCUGCAGCGCUGGAUCUCUUGGGUUCUUCAGAAGACUGUGAUUCGGGUCAGCAGCGCUCUUUCCAGGCCCUUGAGUCUGCGUCUGGAGACGCUCUGGACCGCUACUGCAGCAUGGUAGCAGCGAUCGAACCUCCAUCAUGCAGCCCUGCCAACUCCAAAAACAGUGCCAUCUUGUCAGGAUCUGACCACCUGGUCUCUCACAGAGUUUCUCCUCUGUUGCUGCCUGGACUGCAAACGAAGGGUGUGAAACUAGACACUGAGGCCCGUUUAGAGAAGAAUCCCCUCAACGCCUUGAAGAACGCUCCCAGCGUUCAGGCCGAGGAGUCAGUGGUCGGGUGCUUGUUCACAGAUCCCAUCUGGCAGGGCUGGGACACUUCAGCCUUGAGCAAACCCAAGUUCUCCAUCGAGAGAGAGGCCGAACUGCAUAAACAAGCUGCAGCCGUAAACGAAGCCACUUACACCUGGGAAGGACGACUUCCUCCACGUAACUUCAAAAACUCUGUUUACUCCUGUAAAGUGUUUCUGGGAGGAGUGCCGUGGGACAUCACGGAGGUGGAUCUUUUGAACACUUUUAGUGUUUUUGGUCCACUGAAAGUCGAGUGGCCUGGGAAAGAUGGAAAAUAUCCUUGCUGUCCACCGCAAGGUUAUGUGUAUCUGCUGUUUGACUGGGAGAAGUCAGUGAAGACGCUCCUGCAGGCCUGUACUCAGCAGCGCCCGCAGUCUGACGAUUAUCUGGAGUUUUACUACAAACUGCCCAGCAGAAGGAAACACAGCAAAGUGCAGGUCAUCCCAUGGAGGAUCUCUGACAACAACUUCAUGUGCUGUCCCUCCCAGAGGCUCUCUUGCAUUAGGACGGUGUUCGUGGGAGCUCUGCACGGGAUGUUAAACGCAGAGGGUCUGGCUCACAUCAUGGACGAGCUUUUCGGAGGGGUCAUGUAUGCAGGCAUCGACACUGACAAGCACAAAUAUCCCAUGGGCUCUGGCAGAGUGAUGUUCAGAAAUCAGAGCAGCUACUUGAAAGCCGUGACGGCAGCAUUUGUGCAGAUAAAAACCUACAAGUUUUCCAAAAAGGUCCAGAUUGACCCUUAUCUGGAUGACUCCAUGUGCCAAAUAUGCAACAGUAAGCCUGGGCCGUUCUUCUGCAGGGCUCAGGCCUGUUUUAAAUACUACUGUCGGUCAUGCUGGCAUUGGUGGCACUCUCAGGAUGUGUUGAGCAGCCAUCAGCCUCUCAUGCGCAACCAGAAGGACCAGAACCACAAAUAACGGCCCUCCCAUCCGGCGGCGUAGAGAAGAGUCCGGGCUGAGUUCACUGUUUUGAGGAGGAAAGUCACUGCGUUGUUUUGCACUGCUCUCGUUCUCGUUCAUUAAGGCUCUAUGCACACUAAAGGGUUCGUUGACGGUGACCCGUUCGCACAGAUGACCAGACAGCCAUUGCCAUGGAGAUCUGAUUUUAAUUAUUGUGUUUAAGAUUAUAGGAUGCACAGAUUUUAUGUUUAUCUCGCAGGUUUGCAGGCAAAUGCCAGUCAGUGCCUUGGCUUAUCUUUUGGUUCCCAGUGUUUUAGGACCAUUUCUUUUAAUAUUUUAUUUAUUUAUUUUAUUUAGUUUUACCUGCUCGUCUCCUGCUGAGUUGGGUCAUAGUGUAUGAUCCAGAUUUUAACGUUUGCCUGCCUCAAGCAUCCUUUAGUUUCACCUUUUUAUUUGAACACUCUUUUAAAUUGGUUGAUGAGCAUGCUUCAGGACGUGACAAGCUUAGCAACCACCCUGCUGUCAGUCAUCCAUCAGAAACAUGUUAGCGAUUCUGGACGGUUCUCUAAACUCUGUGCUGUAUAUAGUUUUUAUCAAACCAUUGCACUUUUUUAAAUUAACCUAGCACAACUUUUGCCAGUAGUUUUAAAAGCGUUUGUUUGAGCAGAUAGAAGUGCAAUCCUCGCUUGGAGUUUGGUGUAUUGUGUUCAUCCCUUUUAACCUUAGUUAAGCCGCUCUGGUUUCUCGCUGAUGCUGUGCCAAAGAAUAUAAUCUCUUCCUCGUUGCCUUUUGCAGCCUUUUUAGAAUUUCAAAGUCUCUACCUCAUUGCUCUGCAAGUAUCGCCGUGGCUAAUUACAAAUGUUCAGAUUAGGCUAAAUAAAGUUGUUGAAGCACUGCAA